AUGGGGGCGGGAGAAACUGUGUCCUCGCUGGCUUCCCCAGCCCCUCAACUCCUGGUUGAGCUUGAUACACCAAGCACGGCUCAGGGCUGGUCAACUGAGGGGGGGUCGCAGUUCCUGUUUGGGGACAUGGGCUUCCCUACUCUCUACCCAACCAGAUACGGGGCUGGGGAAGUGAAGGAGUUUGGUGGUCAACCCAGAAUGCAGGGCACUCGGGAGCCAAACACCCUUCCUGCAUCCUGGGUUGGUGAGAUGGAGGAAGACGGGGGGACGUCGGGAGGAGAGACGGUGUCCCUGCCGGUGAAACACCUGCAGAGACCCACAGGGAAGAAAUCUCACCACUGCUCUGACUGUGGGAAGAGUUAUUCAAGAUCAGAUUCACUUAAGGUACAUAAGAGAAUACACCAGCGAGUACACACAGGAGAGAAAUCUCACCACUGCUCUGACUGUGGGAAGAGUUACUUAAGAUCAGAUUCACUUAAACUACACAUGAGAAUGCACACUGGAGAGAAUCUUCACUGCUGCUCUGACUGUGGGAAGAGAUUCACCUCUUCAGUAGACCUUAAAAUACAUCAGAGAAUUCACACUGGAGAGAAACCUUUUGGCUGUGAUCAAUGUGGGAAGAGUUUUACUAAGCCAAGCAACUUGAAAUCACAUCAGCGAAUACACACUGGAGAGAAACCUUAUGGCUGUGAUCAAUGUGGGAAGAGUUUUACUCAGUCAAGCGGCCUGAUAUCACACCAGAUAACACACACAGGAGAGAAAUCUUAUAGCUGUACUCAAUGUGGGAAGAGUUUUGCUACAUCUGGCUAUCUGAAGAUACACCAGAGAAUACACACAGGUGAGAAACCUUAUAGAUGUGAUCAAUGUGGGAAGAGUUUUGCUACAUCUGUCUAUCUGAAGAUACACCAGAGAAUACACACAGGAGAGAAACCUUUUAGCUGUAAUCAAUGUGGGAAGAAAAUAACAUGA